GGAUGUGUGGCAGGUUAGUGUGACCGGCGCAGUCAUGUGGCUUGGUCGUUUGUUGUGCGUUGUUGCGGUGUGCGCGUACGCGCAGGCGUUCCUCGAGGACUCUCGCGUUGUGCGCACGGCCCAGGGCUCUGUACGCGGCUACCGGGCCCCUGAAGGAGACCUCUUCGUCUUCUACGGUAUCCCUUACGCCACUGCCCCCACCGGCAAGGACAGAUUCAAGGCUCCAUUGCCAGGGCCAAUAUGGAUGACUACACUAGACGCUGUCGACAAAGGGAUAAUCUGCCCUCAGGCUGACCCCUGGAAAAUGAUGGCAGGGCUUAAUAAAACUAUGCAAGAGGACUGUCUUCUUGCUAACGUAUAUGUACCUGACACAGAAGAGACCAAUCUUCCAGUAGUAGUUAUGGUGCACGGAGGAGCUUACCAAAUAGGAUUCGGUGAUAUGGGGACACCGAAAAACAUAGUACGGUCCAAGAAAGUUAUUGUUGUGAACUUCAACUACCGUCUCGGAGCACACGGAUUUCUGUGCCUGGGAACUCCUGAUGUCCCUGGCAAUGCUGGAAUGAAGGACCAAGUGGCUGCUCUUCGAUGGGUCAACAAAAACAUCGCCAAGUUCGGAGGAAACCCUAACGAAGUCACCAUCUCAGGCUAUAGUGCCGGUUCUUCUGCAGUCGACCUUCUAAUGCUAUCCAAAACAACUAAAGGUCUCUAUCACAGAGUUAUACCCGAAAGUGGCGCCAAUGUGGCUAUGUGGUCAGUCCAAGUAGAUCCCGUUGAUAACGCAGUAAUGUUUGCGAAAUCAUUAAUAUUCGAUAAUGUUAGUGACAUUUACGCCUUAGAAGAAUUCUAUAAAACUCUCUCGUACGAGAAAUUAAUGAGCGAUGCACACUUAGUUAGAAAAGACAAUGAUUUCCUAUUUUCGCCCUGCGUAGAGCGAAAUACUGGAGUCGAGAUGUUCCUUGAUGAUAAUCCAGUUAAUAUUUUAAAGAAAGGAAAAUAUAAUAAAGUUCCCAUGCUGUAUGGAUUUGCUAAUAUGGAAGGCCUGUUUCGGGUGCAAUUUGGUUUCGAUCAAUUUGUUGUUGGCAUGAACGAGAAGUUUUCGGAUUUUCUACCACGUGACUUACAAUUCGAAAGCGAAGCUGAGAAGGAGAAAGUGGCGAAGGAGAUUAAGGAAUUUUAUUUUGGAGACAAAAAUAUUGGACCGGAGACCAUCUUGGGUUACAUUGACUUAUUUACCGAUGUAAUGUUCGCUUACCCAACCCUUAGGGCUGUUCAAUUGCACUUGGAGGCGGGUCACGACAAGAUCUAUUUGUAUGAGUUUGCUUUUGCUCCUGAAGUGCUGCCGAUGCCAAAAGGAGUUACGGUGAAAGUAGACGGCGCUAAUCAUUGUGCACAGACAUCGACUGUGUUAGACGGAGGUGGUAUGAUUAUGCAUAACAAGGAUGAAAGCCAGCUCUCCGAGGAUGUGCUGAAGAUGAAAGCAUUAACGCGAGAACUGUGGCUUAAUUUCAUGACAACAGGAAACCCGACGCCUCCAGGGAGUAAGUUGCCGUCGUGGUCGCCGGUGGGCGCCGGCCGCUCGCCGCACAUGUUGUUGGACCUGUCGCCGCGCAUGCGCGGGGAGCUGCUGCCGGAGCGUGCACGCUUCUGGGAUGACAUCUACUCGCGCUACUAUCGUGCGCCCGCGCCACCACCCACACCUCCUCCUAGACAUUCUGAGCUUUAAAUGCUAUAAUUAUAAUGUUUGUUUCCGUAGUGUUUCUUUUGGCCUAAAGAGUCAAACAUGGUAACCUAGCAAAUAAUAAGUAAGUAGAUAAUUAAAAAUCAAAAGAGACAAAAGUGUAAAUAUCCCAGUAAGUAUACAAUUUUACUUGUCCGCGUCGAGAAUUAAGGUGUGAGAUGCGAUCAUUAAGUAUAUUUUUUUAAUGUUGACUACAGCACUUGAUUGUGUUAGGGCAAUUUGUACAAAUAAUAAAAAAACAAUUUUUUCGCCACGAAA